UUGUAUCCAUUAGUAGCCAGGGAAGCGUUAGUAACACAUUUGGCCGACGUUUAAUUUAACAGCCGCUUAAAUAGAAGAGGUGUUUACCUUUCGCAGCUGAGUGUCUACUUUAUUGAAGUGUCGGUACUAAAGUGUGUCACGUUAAAGGGCGUGUACUUAGGAAAGGAGCCGUAAAUCUUUUGAGGACAAGAUGCGCUCUUCAGUCGAUCAUUAUCUUCCCGCAACAAACUGACCCGUGUCAAGACGCACAACCACGAUGCUGACUUUACUCCAGCUGAUAACUGUAUUAUUGUUGACCAGCAUUAGCUCCCCUGAUGCAGAGAAACUCUUCCACAGUCGGGAUCAUUCCGAUCUACAGAUCCCUUCCUCUCACCAAGCUGAGCUCAUAACAGACAAGGAGACUGCAGAGCUAUUUCUCUCAAGAUAUGGCUUCAUAAGACCAGUGAACUGGGACGAGGUCCAGUUUGAAGAAACAACAGGCAUUUCUAACGAUGAAGACUUUACUGGCGAGGAAGACUUCCUAUCUGGGAUACAGGAGGGAGACUCAUCACUGUCACGUGCAGAGACAGAUGAUGAAGAUGAUGGUGAAGAUGAAGACUCUCCAAACCCCACUGAAAGCCAAGCCUUCAUCUCAGCUCUCAGAGAGUUCCAGAAGGUGUCCGGCCUGUCUGUCACAGGGGUGUUUGAUGACGCCACCAAGGUUGCCAUGAACAAGCCUAGGUGUGGGGUCCCGGAUAAGGAGACUGAAAUGGAUGCUACUGAUGACGCACACGACUCCACCAGCUCAGCACUCGGAAACAACACUGCCACCUUGCUAACUAAGAACAUAGACAACUCAGAAUACUCUAACAAUACACUCAGUGGUCCUUUAAAUGGCACUGCUACUGAUUACACAGUGGACAAUAACAUAUUCAGUGACAUUUCUAGUGGCACUGAUGGAAACUAUACAGAGAUUGACAACACAUUCAGUGACAUUUUUAAUAGCACUGUUAGUACCUACACAGAUUAUAUAUCUGCCAGUAACACAACAGAAUAUUACGACCCAGUCGGUGAUACUCUCAAUGGUUCUGCUAUAAACAACACAGAGAAUAACAGCAACACACACAGUCACACACAUCAGAGCCGCCUGGUUUCACUGCUGUCCAAGCGGAGGCAGAAGAGACAUGUGAGGAGACAUGCAUGGGGAAACAUGGCCUUCUCCAAAAUGGUGCUGAAGUGGAGGCUGAUAGGAGAGGGCUACAGCAGUCAGCUGACCAUACAGGACCAGAGACAUAUCAUCAGCCUGGCCUUCAGGAUGUGGAGCGAGGUGUCUCCCCUGGAGUUCGUAGAGGACACACUCUCUCCCCUGGAGGAUGUAGACAUCAGACUGGGUUUUGGCACAGGGAGACACUUGGGAUGCAACCAGAAGUUUGAUGGUACUGGACGGGAGUUUGCCCAUGCAUGGUUCCUGGGAGACAUUCACUUUGAUGACGACGAACAUUUCACUGCACCUAACACUGGCAGUGGGAUCAGCCUGCUCAAAGUGGCAGUGCAUGAGAUAGGCCAUGUCCUGGGCCUGCCACACAUCUACAGGACUGGUUCCAUUAUGCAACCCAGUUACCUGCCCCAGGAAUCGGGCUUUGAGAUGAACUGGAUGGACAGGAAGGCCAUACAGCACCUCUAUGGGGGCUGUAAGGGUCAGUUCAACACAGUGUUUGACUGGAUCAGGAAGGAGAGAACCCAGUACGGUGAGGUGGUGAUUCGUUUCAACACCUACUUCAUGAGGGAUGGCUGGUACUGGCUCUAUGAAAACAGGACCAACCGGACCCGCUAUGGUGACCCGGUGGCACUUCAGGUGGGCUGGCACGGCAUUCCCACGGACGGGGUGGACGCAUGUGUUCAUGUGUGGAACAGGAACACUGAUGCUGUCUACUUCUUUAAAGGCACCCAGUACUGGGAGUAUGACGAUGGCAAAGACCAGGUGUUGACAGUGGACCCUGAGGGACACCGCUACCCUAGACUCAUCUCUGAGGGGUUCCCAGGGGUGCCCAGUCCUAUAGACACAGCUUUCUAUGACAGGAGGGACUCACAUAUCUACUUCUUUAAGGGCACUAAUGUGUAUGCGUUCGACGUGACAGCCAACAGCUUGGCCCCAGGCUUCCCCAGGAAGAUCACAGCUGUGUUCCCUGCAGUGGUGCCUGGGGAUCACCCAGGCGGUAACAUAGACGCCUCCUACUUCUCCUACACGCACAACGCUGUCUUUCUGUUCAAGGACGCACAGUUCUGGAGGGUGGCGGCGGCGGGGAGGAGCAGAGACCGCUGGAGGAGACCGUCGCUGCCACACAACGGCCUGAUGCCACACAGGGAGGUGGGGGAACAGUGGUUUGACAUUUGCAACGUUCACCCCUCGGCCCUGAAGGUGGCCCGCCGCUGACAGGAGGGUUAUGACGGUAUUGUGGGAUUAGGGGAGUCUGGACCCAGAUCUGUUUGCACUCUUACCAACGCCAUGGUACUGUGGGAGGAGCUAGGGGAGUCUGGACCCAGAUCUGUUUGCACUCUUACCAACGCCAUGGUACUGUGGGAGGAGCUAGGGGAGUCUGGACCCAGAUCUGUUUGCACUCUUACCAACGCCAUGGUACUGUGGGAGGAGCUAGGGGAGUCUGGACCCAGAUCUGUCUGCACUCUUACC